GGUUGGUUGGUUGGCUGGUUGUAUGGUUGGUUGGUAGAUGUCUGUGGUAUAUUUGAGUGUCUGUAAAACACGUUUGCGCAUUCAGUUGCGAAUUUAAUAUAAGCCGAAACGGUGCUUCUCGUUACCAACUUUACUCUUUACUACUUUCGAAUGCCUCGAACAAUACGCUGUUUUCGAAUUUCAAUAAUUGUUUUUGCACCAUCGUUUUCAUUUCAUUUUAUUUUUGCACUCCUGUGCAGUUGAAUAAUAAAAUUUGAGUGGUUUUGAGAGGGAUUUGUGGUCGCAUAAAUGAUUUGUUUUGCAUAACAGCGCAAAAAUAUAUAUGUUUGUAUUUUAAUUUUUUUUUUCGACUUUUUUUAACGGUGAGUUGUGAGUGUUGCAUAUCAAAAAGCAAAAAAUAAAAUAAAUAAACACUCAACGGUGUGAUCUGCGUUGAGUCAAAACAAACAAAUAAAUGAAUCAAUAAAUAUUUAAAUUAAAAUACAAAAAGAAAAAAUAUGAUUGUAGUGGCUUCAAAUAGGUAAAAGUGAGGAAAACAAAGAAACUAAAAGUAAAUAUUGUAUAAAAAACAGCAAACACCACUCACAACAGGAGAGUAUUGGAAACGGCUGCACAUAAUAUAUUAUACUCGUAUAUGAGAACAAACACGUUCACCUAUUUUCAUCGAUUUUUGCUAAAUUAUAGAAAAACCUACGCUCCCGUUUGCCAAAGAAAAAUAAAGAAAUAAAUGAAAAGUGUUUGAAACCCGAUAACGAAAAUACAACGUCAAAAUAACAAUUUCAACAACAAAAAUAAAUUUAUUUUUGUUGCAAUUUUCUUGUUUUAUGCUACAAUUUACAAACUAUUUCAACUUUUCACGCAACUUUCCCACUUCGAGUAGCAAAAAGCAAAGUCAAAAUGUUUAAUCUGCGCAGCCAACUAGAUAAGAUCAUCAUCACAGCAAUGGAUCGUUUCGUGUGGUUCGUUCUGCUCGUUGUUAUGUCACAUCUGGUGACCGAAUUUACACGCGUCACUGGUUAUGCGCGCGGUAAUCGACACGAUGUGGUCUUGCUAAAUGAUACCGCCGUACGUCCCAUGCCCGUGGCGAAUAUGAUUUUUUAUCCAGGCGAAGAAUACGGUCUCUAUGACCACCAAAUGCCGCAGCAGUAUAACAAUAUAUAUCCAAAUUCGAACUACAACAGCAAUAAUAACAACAAUCGUUAUGGCAGCAAUGGCAACAGCAACAACAACAACAACUAUUAUAAUAAUGCGAAUAUGCAAACAAACGCCGCCAACGCCGAGUCAGCGCAAGUAACUGGAUUUCCUUUCAGUUUUCGUCCACUGAUUGACAGCAUAUUCGAGAUACCGAUAUCAACGCUGCGUGCUGUCAACAAUCUCGUAGCGCGUCUAACCGGUAGCUAUCAACAUCAGGUACCAUCGCUGAAUGCAGGCGUGCUCAAGUCUACAAAUCCAGAUGUACUACAAGCCUUACGCCUUCUGCCAACGCAAGGCCAGAGAACCGUAGCGGAAUCAACGAAAUCAGCGUCUGAUGGCCUCAAUUCAGCAGCAGUGGCAACGCCACAGCAGCAACAACAACAACACAAAGAAACGGAGAAUAGUAGUAGUAAUAGUAAUAGUAAUAAUAAUAAUAAUCAGGAAAGCAGUCAUAUUAUUCGAGUGAGAAGGUCUGUACAACUGGCUGAGGUGAAUGCGUAAACGCAUAAAUCAAAGUUCACGAGAUUGGAUUGUGGUCCAACACCUGCCUAUGCCGAGUUUGGGGAUGUCUAGAGGGGGAAUCGCGCACAGUGAUUGCUGGAAAAUAGAAAGUUUGGAGCAAAUCCAUAGCAAUAUCACUCCUCUCGCGUGAAUUACUCUACCAUUUUCGAGUACCCCGCCUACACUUCUCUACACACACACAACACACGCCGCAAGGAACAGACUUUAGCUUAUAUAAUAUAUAGUUCAUUUGCAACACACUUCCACGUAUCACCACCGAAGCCGAGUUCCAUUCAAGCAUUUUAUUAUACACACAUUUGUUUUACUUGUGCUUAUAUAUAUGUAUGUAUGU